AUGGAAACUGGGACAAGUGCCUCGAACCCUGCCUUCCACUGGAUAUUGAAUGACCCAGCUACCUGUUUCUCUAAUCUGGAGGCUAUUUUCAAGUCCAUCAAGCCCGGAAGAGCGUUCUUCGAGAUGUGCGGACACGGCAAUGCAGCGAAGAAGAUGACACUCUUUGAUUUACUCUUGCGAACCAGGGAACUCCCAUCGAAAAGAUUCGAGAUAAAGAUGAUUGGUCUGAAGUCGGAAGCCCACCCAGUGGCUAGCGCUGGAAUGGAGGAAUUCAUGAGACCCAUCCCAGCCUAA